UGUUCUAAUAAAAAAGGCCAUGUCGCCAGCAUCCACUCCCACCGCCCAUUCCCCUUCUUCUGUUCCUCCCCUUUUAAGGUCCCCUUCAAGCUUCGAGCACCGACUUCGUUUCCGUUCCUUUUUGUAACUGUGAACUAAUUUGCAUUUUUGCAACCCACGCUCCUUAAAUAUCUCAUCAGUUACGCGGUCACAGUCACUCCUUCGACAUCAAUAAAUAACGUCUUAACGAAGUACAAUUACAAUUCAGAUCGUCACACAGGAUCAGCAUAUCGUGAUAUCCACGCUCCCUUCAGAUCUAGUGAUUUUCAAGUAGCUAUUUUAGCUUGGACAAUUGGAACAUUUCCGCUCCGGCGAUCUCGAGGAGGAUAUUCUAAAAAAGAUACCCAAUUUUUUUUCUUCGAUCAACAACAAAACAUCCAAGAUGCGUGCCUCAUCUUUCAUCGCAGUGGCUGCUAGCGUCGCGUCCGCCGUCGCAGACACCACCACCGCCAUAUCUUACCUGACGGCGACAGUCACCAUCACCAAGUGCAGCCCUGACAACACCGCCUGCCCGCUGUACACGCCCUCUACCAGCUCUGUUCCGACAACGUCAUCUUCGAUCUCAACGCCUCCUGCUUAUCCUACCAGCUCCAUCGCGUUGAACACCACUACCAGCAGCAGCUCUUCUACCUCUACCUCCUCAUCCUCUUCAUCUAUUAUCUCUUCCACUUGGUACCCCAUUUCUAACUCUACCACGCACGUUGGACCUACUGCCUACCCCAACGCUACUUCUAGCUACGUGAUCCCUACUACGUACGCUACUCUGACUUCGGUGGUCUCCACAACGGCGGCUGUUGCGCCGUCGGCCUCCGCGCCCGUAAUCCCCACUACCGGUGCUGCUGGCCUGGUGUCUGUCCACUCGGGUCUGCUGAUGGGUGUGGUGGCUAUGGGUGCUGCUCUCCUGAUCUAAGCGGAAGGAUAGAGAUGGUCGAGGAAUUGCCAGAUGUGACAAUUACCCUUGGCAAACCUGAGUUCUAGCUCCCGCAAGGUAGAGCGCUCAGCUCAAAAUAUCCGGACGAUAUUUUUCUUCACUUCCGUCCAAUCACACUAUUAAUUCUCCGGGGAAGGACGUUUGGCGCAUUUCGGAGGCGAAUAUAUCGGUUUAGGAAAAAUCUGGCCGGGUUUGGCCGAAUACCCCCUAGGCGUGACAGCGCUUUCUCUAUGUCUAUAAUUGCAGGUUUUGUGUUGCGAGCGAGUGAGUGAGUGCGGUGCGGUGCGGUACUUACAGGGGAGAGCAUGCGGAGGAGUUGGAUGGUUCUUCAUGUUGCAUAUUCAACUAAGGCAUCGUGUUGGUUAUACGGAGCCGACUCGACCAAUGACAAAUAUUUUCCGUUGCCAAUGCUUUUUUGUGUUUCUUUGCUGUGAAUUUUGUAAUAUUUUUGAUAUAAUCCUCUCGGCUUCUUAUAGAUAUAGUGGUCCGGGGUGAGUGGCCAAGUUCUGUACGAAUUGCUGUAACUCGUAUACUAAGCUAUAUUAGCAGUGUAUUAUACUACGUUAAUAUUGUAAUUAUAGUAUAGCUUCCAUGAGCUAGGCAAUAGGUAGCUAAGGCGAACUAUAUUUCAAAC